GUUCCUGAAUUGUAGAAAACUUCAGUCCGACGACCAAGGCGCCGAUCCUGCUUCGGAGACGGUGACAGGUGACGGCUGGAAUUCUAAUCAUAUUUGAGAUAGUUAGUUGUGAUUGUUGUAGCCGUGCUUGACCACUUUUUGUCUCUGAAUCAACAAAAUUUCCUUUUCCCAAAUCGUAAUUGCUUCUUAGAUAUUUUUGUUAUGGUUGUUCUUCAAAGUCCCACCCAGUUCAUCCUAAGCCUAUGUGCAAUCGUCGUGAAGGGUCACUGGGGUAAUCUGUUGAAGCUAGAGAAGGCUUCCGCUCUCACUUCUUCCACCAUUCACCAGGUACUUCUUCAGCUCUCUCUCCAUGGCUUUCCUCCAUCUCAUUCCUUCUCAUUCUUCAAAUGGGUCGAGACAAUUCCAAAUUUUAAGCACUCUUUGCAUUGUUCAUGGUCCAUGCUUCAUAUCCUCGUAAAGCAUAAACACUUUAGAACUGCACAAGAGAUGCUUGAGAAAAUUGCCCACAGGGAUUUUCUUUCGUCGCCUUCAGUUUUGAGAACUUUGAUUGAAAUUCAACAUGACCCAGAAGUGAAUUCGCAUGUAUUGAGCUGGCUUGUAAUACAUUAUGCAAAAUCAAAGAUGACCGAUGAUGCCAUUCAGGUUCUUGAACAGAUGAGGUUGUAUAAAUUGAACCCUCAUUUGCAUGCCUGUACUGUGCUUCUGAAUUCUUUGGUCAAGGAAAGGGUUACUAACAUGGUAUGGAAGGUUUACAAACAAUUGGUUAAAGCUGGUGUUUUUCCUAAUGUGCAUAUCUAUAAUGUGUUAAUCCAUGCUUGUUCCAAAUCAGGAGAUGUAGAGAGAGCAGAACAUUUACUGAAUGAGAUGGAAGAGAAGGGUGUGUUUCCUGAUAUUUUCACUUACAAUACUUUGAUAUCAUUAUAUUGCAAGAGAAGUAUGCACUACGAGGCUUUAUCUAUCCAGGAAAGAAUGGAAAGAGAAGGAAUAAAUCUUGACAUUGUUAGUUACAAUUCUCUUAUUUAUGGAUUCUGUAGAGAGGGUAGGAUGAGAGAAGCCAUGAGGAUAUUCGGCAACAUCAAAGGUGCAAUUCCCAAUGAUGUUACGUACACUACAUUGAUUGAUGGGUAUUGUAAAACAAAUGACCUGGAGCAAGCUCUGAAAUUGCGUGAGAUGAUGCAGGCUAGGGGAUUGUACCCCGGCGUUGUUACUUAUAAUUCAAUUUUGCGUAAGUUGUGUCAGGAUGGCAGAAUAAGAGAGGCAAAUAAACUCUUGACAGAGAUGAGUGAAAGAAAAAUUCAGCCUGAUAAUGUCACAUGUAACACAUUGAUUAAUGCUUAUUGCAAGAUAGGAGAUAUGAAAUCUGCGUUGAAAUUUAAGAACAAGAUGUUAGAGGCUGGAUUGAAACCUGACCCAUUUACUUAUAAAGCAUUAAUUCAUGGGUUCUGCAAGAUAAAAGAGCUGGAAAGUGCCAAGGAGAUGUUGUUUUCCAUGCUUGAUGCUGGGUUUUCCCCCAAUUAUUCCACUUAUUCAUGGAUCGUAGAUGGUUACUGCAAUAAAGACAAUGAAGAUGCAGUUGUUACGCUCCCUGAUGAGUUUCUUAGAAGAGGUCUUUUUAUUGAUGUGUCACUAUACAGGGCUUUAAUUAGAAGGUUAUGCAAGUUAGAAAGGAUACCAUGUGCUCUGAAGUUAUUUAAUCUUAUGGAAGGGAGGGGCAUAUCAGGUGACAGCAUUGUCUACACAAGUCUUGCUUAUGCAUAUUGGAAAUUAGGGAAUGCAAAGUUUGCAUCAAAUAUGUUAGAAGAGAUGACCAGAAGGAGGUUGAUGAUAACAAGCAAAAUCUAUAAAUGUUUUGGUAAUCAUACUCUUGGUAGUGAAAACCACACUUCAUGUUCAUUCUGGAAUUAUGUGGUGGAAAGGGGCCUUAUGUCAAGAAGUACAAUGAAUAAAAUAAAGCAAAUGGAGUUAUGAUGACUAACCAUUGUAUACUAUAAUCCUCACCCCUAGAUUUUUAAGCUUUAAGAGUGGAAAAUGAAUUACUGGUCAUGAUUGCAUUUAUAGCUUUCUUUCUAUAUCUUUUCUUUAUAAUAUAUUAAAGGAUAGAAGUAACUGGCUGUGACUAGAGUUUGACGAUAUUAACUAAGCCUGGGGAAAUAUAUUUAUAUGCUAACGGAUCAAAAUUUACUGUAUCAUGCAGAGGCAUAACUACUUUUCUCUGUAACUUGGGAUGAAAAGCUAGCAGGUUUUCUUAAAAUUCUUAUGUACUUCAAAUAGAUCAUGAAUAUAUGAGUCAGUUUGAUGCUUGUGUUUUGGCUACUGAAUACUGCUGCCUACUCCAAAAUCAUUUUGCUUUGAGAGUCAGAUUUUGUCUUGCUUGAGUAUUGUGUGUAAUAAUUCAAGUCCAAUAUAGCUGUGGCUGCAGUAGCAUUGGACUACUGAAGUUUCUUUUAUUUCUUGAUCCCCAUUGCCUUCAAAUUAACCAUAUUGCUGGAAGAGACAUUUGCAUUACCAUUAUCUAUAGUACUGUAAAGUACUGAAACUUUAGGUUGUUUGGUUUCUUGUUUUGAAAACAAUUUUUUGUUUUUAAAAAACAGAA